AUGACUACCAUAGCUAGGAAACGCCUCGCCCAGGAGAGGGCUGACUGGAGGCGGGACCAUCCCGUGGGAUUCUCGGCAAAGUACGCGCCGCUGCCGGACGGGAGCGGGCUGGAUAUCAUGAAUUGGAUAUGUAGAAUACCCGGCAAAAAGGGGACCAUCUGGGAGGGAGGGGAGUACACCCUCACCAUGGCAUUCACGGACGACUAUCCGAGCAAGCCUCCAAAGUGCAAAUUCACCCCGGUGCUAUUCCACCCCAAUGUGUAUCCCUCGGGCACGGUCUGCCUCUCCAUUCUGAACGAGGACAAGGAUUGGAAGCCGUCAAUCACCAUCAAGCAGAUUCUCCUAGGCAUACAGGAUCUCUUGGACAACCCGAACCCGCUGUCUCCAGCUCAAGCGGAUCCAUACAUGCUCUUCGUCAACAAUCGCGAGGAGUACAACUCCAGAGUGCGCAAACAGGCACUCGAAAAUCGGCCCACUGCGUUCAAUUAG